AUGCCGGACUCUGAAGAUCUCGCUGCGACUGCGGCGCUGAAGCGACCUCAUUCCGCCGUGGAGGACAACGACAAUGCCGACGAUGACUCUUCCGACGAUGACUUCGGUCCAGCUCUGCCUUCUGAGGUCGCACCCAAGAAGAAGCGGAGAAAGCUACCCUUUGAGAAGGUCUAUGUGACCGCGCUACCCACCUCGCCGCGGUACUCCAAAUCGCUCAUGCACAAGGAGCAAUUGUCCUUCGUGACGGUCACUCCAUUCACCGAUUUUUUAAUCACCAGCUCCAUUGACGGAGUCGUCAAGUUUUGGAAAAAGAUAGCGGAUGGCAUUGAGUUUGUGAAGGAGUUCCGUGCCCAUCCAGGCGAGAUUCGCAGUACGGCUGUCAGCGCCGAUGGCCGCAGUUUUGCGACGGCGGGGACGGACAAAACGGUCAAGAUUUUUGAUGUGAUUACUUUUGAUCUUCUGGCAAUGUAUAGUCUGGAGUUCGUACCACGGUGUAUCUGCUGGGUGCAUCGACGAGGUGCAUCUCUGCCUCUCCUCACAGUGACAGAUGAGUCCAGCAACACGAUUCAAGUUUUCGAUGGCCGUGGCGAGAACCCGCAACCCUUGCACACUGUCACCUCUAUCCACCGCAAACCCGUGGCAUCCAUCGCCUUCAACAAUGCAUUCGACUGUGUGGUUUCCGCCGAUGAGUCGGGCAUGGUUGAGUAUUGGAGAGCAGGAGAUGGAUCAUUCGAGAAGCCAGACAAUGUGUUUGAGCUGAAAUCAUCGACCAACCUUUUCGCCUUCAAGAAAGCCAAGUCUGUCCCCACCGCAAUCACCAUCUCCCCCUCAGGCGAGCAAUUCGCAACCGUCUCGUUCCCGGAUCGCCAAGUCCGAGUAUUCGAGUUCGCAACCGGCAAGCUCUACCGCACAUACGACGAGUCAAUAGCAACCAUCACAGACAUGCAACAAGCCAACACAGCACCCUACCAAUUAGACGAGGUAGAAUUCGGACGAAGACUAGGUGUGGAGCGCGAAUUGGAAGGAGAAGCGACACGGAACAAGGUCAACGUCUCCUUCGACGAAUCAGGACACUUCCUGCUUUACGGCUCACUAUACGGAAUCAAGUGUAUCAAUACCUACACCAACCGAGUGGUACGAGUCUACGGCCGAGAGGACCCCUUCCGCGCCUUGAACCUCGCCCUGUACCAAGGCCAGCCGCUACGCAAGGGUGUAGUGACUGUAUCAAUGGCAGCCAGUAGUAACCCGCUACUCCAAGAAGCUGAAGAGCGCGAUCCGAUCUUGAUUAGUACCGGGUUCGCCAAGGUCCGGUUCUACAUGUUCACCAAUGAAACGGAGAUAUCCAAGUCAUCGCGCGACGUGCAGAACGAGAAGCCGACCGAAACACAUGGAGGAAACGAAUCAAAUGCCCCCAAGGCCGGCGAGAGCGGAACAGCCGCCAUCCUACACACCACCAUGGGCGACAUCCAUCUACGCUUAUAUCCGUCCGCUGCCCCGCGUACCGUGGAGAACUUUGUCACGCACGCUCGACGGGGUUACUACAACAACACCAUUUUCCACCGUAUCAUCCGCAAAUUCAUGAUUCAGGGUGGUGACCCGCAGGGCGACGGUACUGGAGGCGAGUCAAUCUGGGGCGGCGAGUUCAACGAUGAGUUCUCUAGCUUGAAGCACGACAAGCCGUAUACGCUUUCCAUGGCCAAUGCCGGAGCCAAUACCAACGGCAGUCAAUUCUUCAUCACUACCGAGAAAACUCCCUGGUUAGAUAAUAAGCAUACGGUCUUUGGACGGGCGGUGCAGGGUCUGGACGUGGUGCAUAAGAUUGAAAAUACGAAGACGUUCAAGGAGAAGCCCGAGGUCGACAUCAAGAUUGUUAGCAUUAGCAUCUCGUGA